UUUUCAAAAAUUAUUUUAAUGUAAUUGCGAGUUUUGGCACAAAUGAGAAAUUUCAUGUUUCCCGCCCAACAGCAGCAUCGCCCUUUUCCCACUCAGCUUCUCUUUCACUCCCCAAAUCUCCACCCCCUGAAUCCCGCCACCCAUCCAAUGCCAACGUUGGUGGCUGUAAAGGUAUAGCGGCUCUACUUUCUUCCACGGCGGAAAAAAUGCCAUGCCUUAGCAAUCUCAUCAAUUCACCGGCUUCAGCUUUACCAGAGCUCAAGCCCAUUUUCUGUGACCCGAAACGAGACUCAGCUGUAGCCCGGGGGCCCGACCCGGAUGCCAUGAAACUAGGGCCCAAAUCGGAAGAGUCCAAUGAUGACGUCAAACAAGGAGAAUUGAGACGGACCGGUGAAGGAGAAGGAGCAAUUGGGAAGGGCCCCAAUCCGGAGUUUGACCCGAAGAGGAAUCUUGGUUCCUUUCCCGGACCAAAACACCGCUUGAAUAGAGCUGAUGAAGAAGAUGGAAGAGAAAGUGAGAGGAAAAUUCAAGAAGGGAUUCCCAAAUUCGAGUUGCUCUUCCUAGUUGGUGCUCCCAAAUUGAAUCAGUGUGGUGUUUGCCGAAGUGAAGUCCACCCUGAGGAGAAGAUAUUGUGCUCUGUUCGUGGUUGCAAGGGUGUUUUUCACCUGAUAUGUGCUAAAGAGAGACUGGGUUUCUCAUCUUCAAAGGAAAACCAAUUUAAGUGCCCUCAACAUGCAUGUUUUCUUUGCAAGCAAAAAAAUCAUUUGUGGCGAUGCAUAAGAUGCCCGAUAGCAUGUCAUGAUAAAUGUGCCGCAUUUCCAGAGCACGUUGUCCAUAUUCCUGACCAGCCAGGGGAAGUAAUUUGCUGGAAGCAUCCUACUGAUUGGCGUCUAGAGAAGCAUGAGGUUCCAGCAAAUAUCAUGAAGGAUAUAUUUUCUCUGUUGCCUCUUCCAUAUACUGAGGAGGAGUUCAAAAUUGACAUAAAUUGGAAAGACCAGGCAGAAACUAAGUUGGAGCCACAUUCAUAUGUUCAUAUCAAACGAAAUGUAUACCUUGUAAAGAGAAAGCGCAAUAGUACUGAUACUGAUAUUGGAUGCACAAACUGCAAUUCUCAAUGCUCUGAUGGUUGUGUAUGCAGGGUUCAGUGCAUCAGCUGCUCAAAAGCCUGUCGUUGCUCCAAAAACUGUACAAACCGACCCUUCCAGAAAGUGAAAAAAAUCCAGAUUGUCAAGACAGAGCUCUGUGGUUGGGGUGUAGUGGCUGCUGAAUCAAUCAAUAAAGGAGAUUUCAUAGUAGAAUACGUUGGAGAAGUAAUUAAUGAUGCCUUGUGCGAAGAAAGGCUGUGGGACAUGAAAGACCAGGAUGCUAAGAACUUCUAUAUGUGUGAAAUUAAUAAGGACUUUGUGAUUGAUGCGACAUUCAAGGGAAAUGCUUCACGGUUUCUAAAUCACAGUUGUGCCCCUAAUUGUAAACUGGAGAAGUGGCAGGUUGAAGGGGAGACACGCGUUGGUGUUUUUGCUUCCAGAUUAAUUGAAGUUGGAGAACCACUGACCUACGACUACCGAUUUGUACAAUUUGGACCGGAGGUUGAGUGUCAUUGCGGAGCUCCAAACUGCCACGGCUACCUUGGAACCAAAAGGAAGAUCGUGUUUGCCCCAGAUACGAAGAUCAAGACGGAAUUGCACGUAUCAUGGGGUCCUAAAAGACAGAGAUCAUCCAAGAAGAUGGUAGGUAUAGUUACAAAUUGAGUUCAUAGCAAUUUUUGGUGGAGCAUGCAUGCUAUGUUGUAUAUCUACUGUUGUGAUUAAGCGCAUUGUAUAAGAGGCCGAAAGAAAUUGGAAUUUGUCUUAAAAGUUAAAAACAUUAAUGUAUCUCAUUGGAUGCACUACUACAGAAAGAGCCAAAACAACUACAGCUCAAUUGUUACCACUACUAACUAGAUCUUGUUGAAGUAUCUCCCAUGUCUUUCCUGCAAAUUGUAAGGUAUCGGAAAACCGCAAAUUCUGUUAGGGUUGAUGUCUAGCAAAUUGUGUCUUUACAUUCCUGUGUAUAUUUUUGGAAAAGACACUAACUAGUAACUAUUGGAUUUUGAGACUUGUGGAGGAGAGAUGCUUCACUUUUCUCUACCUGUGUUGUAUGUAUUAAAUGAUGGUUUUCACACUAUUUAUGAGAAUCUUGACUUGAUGUUAAAUAAAGAUCAACUUUCAUAGUUAAA